GUAAGGUCAAGCAUUGAUAACCCUGCAGUCAAUGAGUGUUCUAGUUAUGUGUCUGGUCGGGGUACCCCGUUAUAACUAGAUUACCCUUUUAACAUUGUGGGUCCUUUGAUACCCACUAGCUAGCUCCCUCCAUUGGUGAUCCUUGUGUCCGCACAGGAAACGGCGCUAUGUGGCUCCAUACUUUCAGGAUAUGUGCAUUUCUUUAUAUCUGGAUGUGUUUACAUGUCGUCGGUGGAAGUGCCUCCAUCAUAUUCGGAUUAGAUUCCAUCCAGGGUGCUCUUCUCCAAAAGAAGUGUGCGGAUUCGGCGCUGGAGACUCGGGAAGAAAUGGCGGAUGUGGUACUAACGGGAACGGUGAGGAGCAUCUCACGCGACCGUAACCAAGAACUGUAUUCUGCAGAGGUGGAGGUUAAAAGGGUCAUGAAAGGCAAGGAGAAGCUGUUGGAGGUCACAGGUCGCGGUCAGAUUGACCGUCGGACGAUAGCCGUUCAGGGGUUUGGGAACCCUGAGAUUUGUGAAAGUGAUGUGAGGGUUUCCGACACGCGGAUUCUGAUGUUGACCUUGGAGGAGGGAGGUACCCUGAGACUUAAUUCCAGUGUGUUUAGAAUCUCACUGAGGAACCUGGAUCGUGUGGAGCAUUCUGUAAACGGUGUUCCAUAUAAAGGCCCACCAAAGAUCACCAAAUCUCCAUGUGACAUAAAUUUCUGUCCAUUUCACGGUCACUGCAUUGUGAAGGAUGACAAGGCGUAUUGUGAGUGUGUCCGUAGUUGUCCAGUGGUUGACCAGCUGGUUUGUGGGACAGAUGGCAGCACUUACAGAAACCUGUGUCACCUCAAGAAAAUCAGCUGUGAAGAAAGGAGGCGUGUUAAUCAGGAACACGCUGGGAAAUGUCUCAAAGCUAAUCUCUGUAAGGACCUGGCCUGUCCCCCCCUCCAGGUCUGUGUGACUGACCCAGUCACCGGUCAGCCUCGUUGUGGGUGUGUUCAGGAGUGUGAGGACAGGAUGUCUCCAGUCUGUGGGACGGAUGGACGGCAGUAUAGCAACAGAUGUAUGCUGGAGCUGCAAGCCUGCCAAAGCCAACAAAACGUCCGCGUGAAAAAUGAGGGGCCGUGUCAAGGUCCUUGUGCUUCUAAGACCUGUUUUUACGGAUCAUGCCGGAUAGAUAAUCGGAACCAGGCUGUGUGUGACUGCAAUCUGGAGUGUUCCCGGACUGAAAUUGAUCCAGUUUGUGGAACUGAUGGUCGUAACUAUGAAAACGAGUGCCUCCUUAAAAAGUAUGCCUGUGAGAAAGAAGAAUUCAUCAGAAAGGCACACGAUGGACCUUGUGGUGAUGGACAUGAGUCAUGUCGCACCAAGCUGUGUGGUCAAAAUCAGAGGUGUGUGGAGGAGAACGGCCAUGUGCUGUGUAUCAACAACCCAUGUAAAGUCUGUCAGGGGGAGCCAUUUAACCCAGUCUGUGGCAGCAAUGGCGUUUCCUACAAUAACAUGUGUGAACUGGAGAAGGCCAACUGUACCGCCGGCGGAAUCAACAUCAUUAAUCUGUCCAACUUGGGUUAUUGUGCUAAAGAUGGAUGUGGCAGCAUGAAAGGCAUGUGUGAAUAUUACGGGAUCUGUGACAGAGGAAGAAAACCAGCACAAUGUGUAUGUCCCGACCCAAUGGAGUGUUUAGGAUCUGACACAAAGAUAUGUGGGAGUGACCAUGUAACAUACGAGAAUGAGUGUAUGAUGAAGGCGGCUUCAUGUAAGGAAAGGAGGGCAAUAUCUGUCAUGUCAGCUGGGGAUUGCAUAACAUGUAAGGAGGGGUGCCAGUUCUUCUCCAAGUGUCAUCUUGGACGAUGUGAAUGUGAUGCGUGGUGCUUGUUAAAGGGUCCUCCCGUCUGUACCAGCGAUGGACAGAAAUUCAAUAAUGACUGUGAGAUGAAGAAAAAUGUGUGUGAAAAACGCCGGCAUCUGAAUGUGAUACCUUGUGAACAGCCAGCCUGCAGGUCUAACAUGGACUGCCUUCACCAUGGUGAAUGCCGAAACAACAUGUGCCAUUGUGACCGGGUUUGUCCCAACCAGGAGAGGAAGGUGUGUACAUCAUCUGGCCAGGAGUACUACAAUGAGUGUGAGCUGAGGAGACACAUGUGCCACACACAGGAGUCAGUGCCCUAUACAGUGGGAGAAUGCAUGACUGCAGGUUCUGGAUCAGGGGCAUCUGGGGAUGACUAUGGAGGUUCUGGGGAGGAGCAGUUUUCGAGAUUGUUGAUGUGUGAUGACAGCUUGUGUCUUCAUGGAGGAUUAUGCAUACCUCUGCCAGAUGGAUUACACACCUGCUCAUGUGACUUUGGCUGUAUUGCUGUACGUGACACUGUUUGUGGAUCAGACGGUCGUAACUAUGGAAAUCGAUGUGAAAUGCAAGAGACAGCCUGUAAAGCUAACAAGUCCAUAGUUGAAGUUGAUCCAGAAAACUGCAACAAUGCGGAUUUAGAAGAGGAAGCCUGUGAUGGCAAUGCUGCUUUGGUGAACCUGGUGACGGGCCAGGAUUACAACUGCUCCAGUGAAGCAUGUCCACCCAAUAGCUACUGUCACCUGCAGUUUGGGAAGUGCUGUAAGGAAGAGAAAUCCAGUGCAGGAUCAUGCUUGGACACAAAAUAUGGCUGUUGUCCAGAUCAAAUUACCAUAGCAACAGACCCUCAGUAUGAAGGAUGUCCAUAUAAUUGUAAUUGUUAUGCCUCUGGCUCCCGUGCUUUGACUUGUGAUCCUAAAACCAAGGCCUGCGACUGUCUACCGGGCGUGGGGGGGCUGAAGUGUGACAUGUGUAAACCUGGGUACUGGGGCCUGAAUCCGGAGACACGCCCAAACUACACCCCAGGCUGUGUCAAUUGUGACUGUAACCAGUUUGGUGCUGCGCGUCGUGACUGUCGACAGGAUGAUGGAGCUUGUGUAUGUAAACCAGGGGUCAAAGGUCACCAUUGUGAUAAAUGUGAGGUUGAUGACAACCCGGUGUCGUUUGAUGUCUGUGGAAUGGAAGUGAGUUCAGUCCCCUACCCAGGACGUACUUGUAAAAAUAUGGAUAUGGUGCUCCGUUGCAAAUAUGAGGGAUACUGCAUGGACACAAGUUAUGGGGCAGAGUGCCGCUGUGACCGACUGUCCUGUAUCCUCUUUCGGGAAGCCGGGUACUCAAUUUGUGGCAAUGAUGGCAAAACUUAUGUUAGCCGUUGCCACAUGAAAUUCGAGAGUUGUAAACAACAAAGGGAGAUCACUGUGGCAUACAACGGACCUUGCACAGGAAGUGCUACCAGCCACCCCUCCUCCUACACACGAACUCGAAAGACAACUGGGCGACGAAAUAGUGACUUUACUCAGAGGACUACUACAAGGACCACAAAACGACCACACGUCGUGGGGGGUAGGAAUAUCCUUUCUCUCAAUCUGUAUGAUGACCGGCACUGCAUUGCUAACAACAGUGAAUGUUACCGGGGCGUAUGUCUAUGUAGGAUUGGGUUUAUCACCACACUGGAUGAUACAGAUUGUAAAAAAGUCUUAGAGACACCACCAGACAACAGAACAUACAAAAACCCGUGUUCAGACAGCCCCUGUCUAAACAACGGUCAGUGUCAGCUGGAUGAGUCCUUGGGAUACCGUUGUUUGUGUCCCCUGGAGAAAACAGGCUCCAUCUGCCACAAAGAUGCCAAGUUCACUGUUCCAUCUUUCACUGGAACUAACUCCUAUCUACAACUGAGACGCACAAUGAAGCCGAACAAUGACCUGAUGUUUGAAAUCCGCCUCAAGAUUCUAAAUGAGGAUGGCAUCAUCACCUUCGCUAGUCAGUAUCCAAAUGGCACUGGUGACUUCAUAGCUGUUACUGUGGUCAAGGGUUAUCUGGAAUUCAGGUAUGAUUUAGGAAGUGGCCUGGCUUUGAUACGCAGUAAGGAGCAACUAACCAGGAACAAAUACCACAGAGUCGUGGUCAAUCGAGUGGGCAAGUCAGGCCAGUUACAAGUGGACAACAGCCCGGUGUUGUACGGAGAGAGUGAGGGGGCGCUGACAUCUUUGGACCUUAGUGAUUUUCUGUACCUUGGGAAUGUCCCAGAGGAAGCAAGAGAGGCAAAGAAAAGGCUGGGUAUACAGGUCGGCAUGGCAGGCUGCAUUAACUCAUUUGCUGCUGGGAGCACUGUGUCCCCCCACACUUACAGCCUAGGGUACUCCUCCAGGAACCAGGAUCUCGUGGCAGGACUGGACAUCUGGGAGUGUGGCAGUAAUCCAUGUAGUUCUCUCCCCUGUCAGAAUGGCGGGUCCUGCUUUAUGUCAGACAGGGAAGUUUUCCACUGCGUCUGUGAACCAGGAUGUACAGGUGCCCUAUGUGAGGUGAUGUUAGAUCCGUGCCUGAGAUCUAUGUGUAAAGAGGGAUCCACCUGUGUUGUCACAGAAGAUGGAGGGUUUGAAUGUCAAUGUCCAGAAAACAUGGAGGGCGAGUUCUGUGAAUAUGAGAGACUGAAGAAGAUCGCCGUGCCACAGUUUAACGGUUCUUCUCUGAUUGACCUCCCACUUGGAGAGGUGGGAAGCCACUCGGUGUCAAUCAGAAUCUGGUUCAAAUCCUCUAAUCCCAACGGUGUGGUUGUGUAUGCCAGUCAAUAUCCGUAUGGAUUUGGUGAUUACAUUUCACUGAAUAUUAUCGACAAACACUUAGAAUUCCGAUUUAAUGUGGGCACUGGAACGGUGGUGAUCAGGAGUGAAGAGGAAAUAGAACUGAAUAAGUGGCAUGACGUGCUGAUACAGAAAAUUGACAGAACUGGCACUCUACAGAUAGACAACAACAACAACCGGAUCUACACAGGAAUGUCUCAGGGAAUCUUGACAGAGCUGAAUUUAUCCAGCAGUAUGUUACAUAUUGGAGGGUUCAACACCACAGUUCCCAGCGAUUCACAGAUUGUAACCAACUUAACGGGAGUUAUACAACGGAUUUACAUCAAUGGACACCAGUACGACAACCUGAUUCACGCUGCUGCUGCCUCCAUCAACGUAAAAGAGUACGAGGGGCCCCCCUGUAACAUCAAUCCCUGUCUGAACUGGGGGGUGUGUGUCCCCCGAUUAGACGAGGCUGAUUGUAAAUGUCCUACCAAGUACAUUGGGGCUCGUUGUGAGAAAAUGGCAGAUCCUAAGAACAAGGACUUGCCAGUGGCAUUUGAUGGCAGCACUUUCUUACAAUACCCAAAUGAAAUCACUAUACAGCAGACCGCACAGCGAGUAAACAGAUACAGUAUCUGGAUCCAGACAAGAACCAGUGGGGGCCUCAUCUUGUUCCAGAAUGGAAGGAGUAAUAUUCUUGGGGACUACUUGGCUCUAGCAGUGGUUGGUGGAAAGGUGGAGCUGAGCUAUAAUCUGGGCAAACAGACGGAAGAGGAUCUUCACAUUAUCCGCUCUUCUGUCGCGGUGGAUGAUGGAAGGUGGCAUCAUGUAAUUGCUGUAAGGAAUGAAAGAGUUGGAAGUUUACAGGUGGAUGGAGAAAAUGCAGUGGUGGAUCAAUCCACUGUGGGUGCAGAUCAACUGGACACCAAUGGCAGGCUAUGGAUUGGUGGUAAAACGGAACUCCCUCUGGGUCUGCCAAAAGACUAUUACACAGGAUUUAUAGGUUGCAUGAAGGAUAUUCUGAUCGACUACAGAUCUUUACACUUGUUGGAGAACAGAAAUGGACAGAGUACCAGUCUAAUUAAAUACUGUGGAUCAUCAUAGCAGAAUAUGGGGACCAGUUUACUCUUCAAAUCCAUUUUUUAAGUCCUCCUUAGAAAUAUGUGGUGGACAUCAUAUAUAUACUGUAUGAAAGGACGUAAAUUUUAAUGUGGAUAUUCAUUGUCAUGAUGUAUAACGGAUACAGUUAAGAACCUGCUACACUGUGCUCUACCAUAAAUGACAUCAGAUGUGUUCAGGCUACCGUUAGUGUCUAUGCAUCAUUAAAUACAAAGGAAGCUGGCAUAAUCUAUUCAAGAACAUAGAAUUCCCCAAGAAUUACAAAGUGUGUUUCAGGAGUACAAUUUAACUGACUUGUGCUGUAUAAAGCGUAUUUCUAUUGUAUACAAGCCGUACAUAAGCUGUCUGCAAGCUGUAUAUAACCUGAUAUCAGGCUGGUGAAGAGUUUCACCUGACACUCGAUACCUCAUGACAAAUCUCUGUGAAGUGUAUAAAACACGACACUCAGUAGGUGGUGUGGAAGGUAUAAGGUGUAUACAUGAAUCUUGAAAAUAAAUCAAAUCAAACACCACAAACGUGCAUAAACACCACCCACAUACAUGUACACAGAUAUAUACAGUAUGUUCAAACACCGCGCGCACACAAACACCGCACACAUACAAACACCACACACACCGCGUACACAAACACUACAUGCACACAAACACCGCUCACGCACAAAAACCACACACACCGAGUACACAAACACUACAUGCACACAAACACCGCUCAUGCACAAAAACCACACACACACAAACACCGCAAACACAUACAAACACUACACACACAUAUAAACACUGCACACACAUACAAACACUGCACAUACACCGCACACAUACAAACACUGCACACACAUACAAACACUGCACAUACACACAAACACUGCACAUACACACAAACACCGCACACAUACAAACACUGCACACACAUACAAACACUGCACACAUACAAACACUGCACACUUACAAACACUGCACACACAUACAAACACCGCACACAUACAAACACUACACAUACACACAAACACCGCACACAUACAAACACUACACAUACACACAAACACCGCACACAUACAGACACUGCACACACACACAAACACUGCACAUACAUGUAUACAAACACUACACAAACACAUAUACUGCACACAAACAUACACUGCACACAUACAAACACUACACACACAUACAAACACCACACACACAUACUUGGAGUGUGUGAAGUGUAUAUACAUGAACCUUGAAAUAUAAAAGUGAACACCAUAUGCAUACACAGGAUUGUAAGAAGUAUAUGGUUUUGAUUAUGUUGAUAUUAAAAUAAAGAGCACUCGUGGUGCACAGUAAGUGUUAAGUGUGAGAUAUUGCAUUGUAUAUAUACACUGUUAUAACCAUUUCUUUUUAUACGUGCCUCUGAUGUCCAACAACUUGAGUAAGAUGUGUAUAUGAUAUUCUACUGUAAAUAAUCAGGAAAUACAUGUAUUUAAUUUGAUUCAGAAUGAUACUGUUACUGCAUGUGUUAAAGAGGAGCUGCAUAUGUUUUGUUCGACAUUUAUUGCUAUAUUGUAGACAUUGUUACAGUGUGCAGGAUUUCUUGUUUAUCAUAGAGAGAGUUUACAAUAAAUGUGCCAACAGUU